CACAUCAAAAUACCGGAAAUUCACUCGAAGAAAUUAGUAUAAUACGGCUGCUCCGUCGAAAAACUUGGUGAAACCUGCUGUUUGAAGCUUGCGUAAGUUCAAAUGUGAACUUUUUACAGACCUGGAAUCGUUUAAGCUUGUAACGUAAUGUGGCCAAUGUGUGACGUUCAAUGAUAUUGCUUUUUUAGCUCUUUAUAAUGUAGCCUCCUGUUCAAUAUUGCUGUUAUUUUUGUUGCAGUUUCAUUUUUACAGAAGAGGAAUGUUUUACUGAGGAGUAAAUGACCUCAAUAGCGUUUAUUUGAAAAAUCUGUACUUCUUAUGAAUAUUACAUAAAUCUCACAAUACAGCUCCUAUGGCUGUUCUUCUACUAUUCAUGGAGCAGGGAAGAGCUAAACCAGGAUGGAGAUGCCCCUCUCCACUGCACAGAUUCUCCCAGAGCAGUCCAGGCGUGGUACCCCACUGCCUCAGCUGGUGGAGGAGAGAAGGAGUCAAUCCAACAUUCCCAACUAUCUUCUGGACACGAGUAUGUACAAACAUGGCAUCUGAGGCCUGCUCAGUGGCUGCAGUUUCACUAUAGGCUUUUAUUUCAGGUGCUGAACCUUCUCUGUUCACUUAACUAUUAUUGGGGAUUAAUCUAAGAAGAUAUAUGUAAUUUUUUCUUAAAUGUAUUGAAAACCUUUCAACAUAUAUGAAAAACAUGUAUUCACUUACUGUUUCAUUGCACAGAGAGGUUGCAACAUAUCUUUUUGCUCCCCACAGAAAAGUAUGUCAAACUGAAAAGCAACAGCCUGGUCCAAGUCGAGCCCCCGGAUCUCCACUUCAGUGGGUUUGAGCUGGAGAAGGAUUACACAAAGAUGCUUGUAAGUAUACUGCCAAAUAUAUUUUUCCAGAACUCUACAACUCACAGGCAGUAUAGAUUUGCUUAUCCACUGACUGCAUUGUUUUUACAACAUUUUAGCAUUUGGCCUGUCUAUUAAGAUGACCAAAGUCUUUUCCUUGCAUAUGUAUGGAACAAAUACAAAGCUUUGCGUUGGAACGUUGCUAAAAGUUGAGUUGUGCUCUCUACUAGGAGCAGAUUCUACAGCCUGCUUUUCCAUGAAUCAGAUAUUUGAGGUUUGAGAUGGACAGUGUAAUGGUUUUUCCAUUUAGAGGUACUUUUUGUUGGGAAAUCUGACUGCAAAGUGCAGGGCUUGUUGAAGAGAGAACACCAAGGGUGUUCUGGCAAGGUGGAGUGAAAGCAGUAAUAAUUUUCUGACAUGCAAAAUGGUAAAGAAGCAUAUAAAAAACUUAUAAUCCAGUGCUGAAUGUGUGCUAACAGUCACUGAUUGAGUUGAAAAUGGAGUUCAAGGGCCCAAUUUCAGGGCCCAAUUCCAUCCUUCUGACUAAAGUCACCAAAGGCCCGCAUGUUUAACCACAUAGCAGCAACAUGCCAGCUCAUUCAGCUUUCAUGAUGGAUAAAUAUAAUAAAAUCUGCCCCUUUACUGUUUGAUUUCAAGCUGAAUUAAACUCUUUUCUUCUCCCUUUUCUUAGAAAGUAAUGAACAUCUCACCAGAAGUUACGGAUGUUCAUAUCAUUCCAACCCAAACAAAGCACUUCAAAACAACCUAUACCAAAAAGGUACUUUAUUUCAUUACCAUUAAUGUUUCGUCACAUUAUUAUUAUUACUAUGAACAAAUUAUUAUGAUUAUUUUGGUUAUCUCUUGUUAGCAUCGACUUAUUCCAGGCCUCGCCUACACUGUAAAGAUCAAGUUCUGUCCUGAUGAGUGGGGUUACUUCUACGACUGCGUGCGGAUCCAUUGCAAGGUUUGGGUUCAACAGUGUGUCUCCCACUGUGUGUGCUGUGUCAGGGAUCAUUUGAAGCAUGCCUUAAGUGGUGUUUUCCUUUCCCUUUUUGAUUUAUUUUUGAUCACUGCCAUCACUCUUUGUCUUAUUUAUCCAACCUCACAUCUCUUUUCUAAGGGGGAAGAGAACCUGCUAGUUCCAAUUUAUGCCUACCCAGUUAUCAAUGACCUGCACAUCCCUGCGCAGAUCAACCUGCCAGCAGUGCCACUUGGGCAAAGGUGGUGGAUGAGCUCAUUUUCUUUUUUUUUUUUUUCAAUCAUUCAACCCACGGUCUGCUCAGUUGUUGCAUUUCAUCAUAAAAAUAUAAUCUCAUCUAUUUUCGUCCAUCUGUCUCUAGCAUCUCUCAUGCUAUCCCUCUGAGAUGCAGCUGUCCCAUUGACUUCGAGUUUCAGGUGCUCGUCCUCCAACCCCACGAAGCCUUCUCCAUCCAUCCUCUUUCAGGUGGGAACUGGUUCAGUUGAAUAAAUACAAACAGUUCAACAAUCUUAACUACAGCCACAAAAUAACACAUGUGCACUUGAAAGAUCGACAAUUUCAAACUCAUGUCCAUCAUUUUUGCUAAAUAUUUUAGCAGCUAAAUUUGUUAAACAAACUAUUGAUUCCUUUUCCUCUUUAUCAGGUCUCAACAAUCCAAGUAACUCGCUCACUUUUGGGGAUCUAGUUCAAUCAGUCCAAGCUGUAACAAAUAAUGAUUCACUCCUUGUUUUUCUUACUCUUCUAGGUGUUAUACCAACAAACGGCGAGGAGAAAAUCACUGUGACUUUUAGUCCUUUCCAAUAUGAGACUUCUCAGAUCACCAUCCAGCUGAUUAUCUCACAGUUCAACUCCAAACCCCACCUCUGCACCAUCAGGGGGAAGUCUGUUCCUAAUCAGGCCUCCGGGUAAAUAGAAAUUUGAACUCAAGUGUCAAAACUAACCGGCCAAAAUAAACAAUGUCUAACGCGACAAGGCUUCACUCAGUAAUUGUGCUGAAUCUGCACCAGCAAGUUUGUGUUUUUCAGCGAUGAAUCUGAAUCCUGAUCAUCACGUUACUUACUUACUUGACAGUGAGCGUGGAAGAAAGGCUGGCAAUGAAGACGCAGCUGUUGUAACAUCUACGAAAGUGCAACGACUUCAAACCAAAGAGAGAUCGGCAAAACUGAGAGAGAAAUCGAAGGUGAGGAAGUGAAUCUGUUUCAGUGACAAUUCAGUUCAACUCAAAGUCUGAAGUAGAAAGCAGUUUUAUACAGUUUGACAAAAGCAUCAAGGUCUUAAAUAAAAGAGACGUAAUAUUCGUUGACAUUUAAAGUAGUCAAAUUCAAACUGUUUCGAUUUAGUCUCACCAUGAUAGUAGCAGCACCUACAGGAGACGAGGACUCAAGUUUGAGACUUAGACUUGAGUUGCAAAGGAACGUGGAUUUUCAGACUUGACUCAGGCUUGUGACCAAAGACUUGAGACUUGAAAAAAGUGACCUGUGCCGAUCUCUGGUACUUAUAAUGAAUCCUUGUUUACACUGAUGAAUUCAUUUGAACUUUUCUUCUUUUAAAAACAUGACAAGAAGAGCGUCACUUUUUUUUUUUUCGUAUUCAUCAUUUUAAUCAUAUGAAGCUGUUUAUUCAUUAUUUAUUUAUUUAAUUAUCUGUCCUCAAGACAAUGAGAGCUCUAACUUGUGUUUUUCUUGGAAUGAAGCCCCCGGUAGAUGUCUGUACACAUGCAGGGUCCAUUCCAGACAGCGACAACUCCAGCUCUAAAGACCUGGGGAGAGGUAAACGACACCCAAUCACUUCACACUUUGUAAAUGCAUUUCAUCUAUGUUUAAAAAAAUGUUUGCUUAUGUCUUUUCGUCCCCUCUGCAAAAGCAAAGUCCAGCGGCAGUCUGGUUGAUCUUCUGAACAAGAAGACGAAGAGUGACGCCUUGUUAAAAAAGUUUCGACUAAACGAGGAGAAGCUGAAAGACACCCAGCUCAGAGGGUAGGACAAACUUACACACUCAGAUACACGAUGAUGGCCUCAUCACAGCAUCACCUAUUGUAUUUGUCUAUUUUAUCAGUUCAUUAGAAAUACAUUUAAAACUUGCAUUUAUUCCUCAAUGCAAAGAAAUCCUUCAAAUUCAAACAGCUUUCAUGUAAAAUGAAACCCACAGGUACAAAAAUAUAAUCUAUCUAUUGCAAGUAAUUUUUCCAAGACUGUAUUUUCUUAUGACAUAUUUUCUAAGUUUGGUUCUGUUCUGGCUGACAGUGAAUUGUCUUCUUUCUUUUAAUCACUUCUUUUCAGGAUUUCAUUGUCACUGAGGGAUGCUGUGUUUCUUUCAGGCGUGCUCAUCUUGGCGAUUACCCACUUUUGGAGGGGACGAGGAAGCAGAUAGAGGAGGGAGAGACUGCACUUCCCAAUUUCGUGGUAUGAUAGGUCCACUGCAAUUUAUACAGCAGCUUGUUUAACUAAACAGUUUCACGUAAAGCUGCAGUUUAAAAUACACACAGCCUUUGCCAUGAGCCUGCAGCGUUGAUCUCAAACUUGGUAAAGUUGGAGUUGUAUCAGAACUUUACAUUUCCUUUCAUUAAACAAUCGGUCAAAACCACUGAAAAUUUGAAUUCUUAUUGUCAUGUGUCUUUUUCUAGUCCUGUGAGGGAGUUCUAACCUCCAGCUUUCUCAGCAGUCUUCGCCGGGAGCUUGGACAAAGAAGACUCACGCUCUUUCAGAAGGCAGCGCACAAGGUAUGCACGUCUAAGCAGUGGUAAAUGUGCACGAACAAAAAACAAACAAACUGCAAGUUAAAGCCUUUGAGUGCUUUUUCAUGAUGUAAGUACUUAAUUUACAACUGUAAACAACAGGUAACAGCUUGAUGGAGCUCCAGGAUCUUAGCUCAGUGCUGACACCCUGUGGUUAAAACCUGUUAGUAUUCUUCAGAGAAAGAUGCUGUAAGGAAAGGUAGCUGGAGAAAACUGUGUUUUAGUGAGGUUAAAAUUGAAGCAAGUCCUUUUUUUUUUAUUCAUAAUAUACAGAUAAGGAAUGCAUGUCAAUGGCCUGUAAGAUUAGUAACUCGUAACACUCUUCUCUCCUGUCCCAGAUAAACCACAGACCAACCAGUUUGAAGAACUUGUCAGAUAGGAUGAAGAGCUUACUCUUGGCAGAGACAAGUUUUGAUCAUCCCGUGACCUCCUCACUGAGAAGUAAUCAAGGGUUAAAAUCUCUUCCGGUCAUUAUAAGAUUCUUGUAACUUUAAUUUUUGCGGUGCUGAAUUCAUUCAUGUCUCAACCACUCACCUUUUUAACCAGGCUUUUUCCUAACUGCCUUUUUAUAUUUCGCUUAUUGCAAAUGUUCGUUUUAAUUGAAGUUCUUAUUAUUUCAUGUCAUUUUAUUAAUUACCUCUGUUCUUGGUCUUUUUCUUAAUUCCCGUCACAGGUUUUUACUUCUUUUAUCCUUUUUUUAUAUGGUAAAGAACUCUUACUUAUCUGUUAAUUUAAUAUUAUUUUCUGGUUUUACUCUUUUCACCAUUUUUAUCUCCAGUGUUUCCCAACAGUAGCUCUUUCCUCACGUCAGGCCAUAUCUCUCUUAAAUCUUAAAUUCUCACACUGUGUGCGGUUGUGUGUGUAUAUGUGGGUGAGUGUGUGCGUGUGAGUCCGUGGGUGUGUUUGUGGGUGGGAGGGUCGGGUUUUAUUGUCGUUAUUCUUGUUUUUAGCCUCUGUGAGGCACUUUGAAUUGCAUUUUUUGUAUGAAAAGUGCCAUAUAAAUAGAGUUUCACUUCCUCUAACAAAUCAAAUUCAAACAAACAAUUGUCACAUCUCUCUCAGGUGAGCAGGACAAGAAUGAGGAUCUAGAAAUCUCUCCAGACCGUGUUUUUCCAUUUUCUUUCCAUACUUCUAGUCGGGAAAGUAAUUUGCUGGUAAGUCCAAGUUUUAACUUGUGUCAGCCUGUUAAACAUCUCACUCACAACAGAUCACACACUCGGAAAAAAAAUCUCUUUGUCCCCUCGUGUGUCUAGACCAGCAGGGACACGCUGCCUGUGGGAACUCCUGAUGUGACUGUGACGACACAAAUACCCUCCUUUAUCCUUCAAGUAGGUCAUUUUUUUUCAGCUUACCUAAACGCAUGACUCAUUUUUUCCAACAGAUGAGCACUCAGCAAUAGUGAUCUCUCUAGUGAGGAGAUUUAAAAGUGCACUGAUUUUCUUUUUUCAAAUCUAGGUUCCACAGCAUUUCAAGUUGAUGGGCUACCGUCCUGUGUCAGCGAGGGAGGCGUUUGAUUCUUAUUCUUACGUCAGUGGUCCUUGUACGCAGCAACUUCGCACCGGCGCUCUGGUAAUAAUGCAGCACGUAGACUGAGAUUCUGCAAUUAUCUUUUUACUUUUCUGUUCUAAUUUCGACUACGCCCUCCUUCCAUUUCAGACCGACCGCAGCGCUCAAUUCCCCACAGAAGUGGAGCUCAAAGCGAGGGAUGAAAAGGAGGAUGUGCUAGCGAUUUCCAAUCUCAGCUUCAAAUUCCCUGAAACUCUCCUCAGACGUCCUCCAGAAAAAUCCCUCAGAAUCUUUGUAGGGUUUUUAUUCAUUCUUAUUGAUCAAAUAUUUAAAUCUGGAAAAGACGGACUCAUAAGGACUGUGGUUACUUGUGUUUCAGAAUCCAGCUCCAGGCCUGCACAACUUCAGAACAACCCCCAAAUACCUUGAAACUGACCUCGAUUUCCAUCUCUGCCCCGUGCCGAGGUACUAACACAUCCACUCAUCUGACACUGACAUUUGAUGAAUCCAGGCUGCAGACAGACCUGCUGGUUCACUAACCAAACCCAGAUACUCAGAGAGAAAGUGCUGUGUGUGCAGGUACAGGAUCCCUGGGAGCAAAACGUGUCCACAAACCUUACAAACUCAGAAACUUUUGGAUUUCAAGGUAAAAACACAUCAAAUUUAAUUUGAAUUUGUUGUAUCACAUCCAGAUUUAGCUGUACUUUCUGACAUUGUGGCCUGUUGUAUUUAUCUCUGAUGACUUGAGUCCUAUUUUGAAGAGAUUCAUUAAAGUACGUCUCAUUUCUUUGCUGACAGAAGGAAGCAAACUCAGGAGUGCUCAAAACAUGGAGUAAUUUCAGUCCGGUUAUCUCAACCUGUUUGUCCAAACGAUCUAAACUCAACUGUCGUCGUCCCCCACGCAGGUAAACAAAACUGUAGCAGACAGUAUCAUUCAUAUCUUCUACUCAGGGGUGUAACUGAGCGUGUAUUUUUAAAACAAACCACUAUCAGCUCUUUGGGAUCGGGGGAAAAAUGCUGCUUGUGUCGUCUCUGCAGGUCUGUGAGCUGCAGCACAGACGUACUGACGGAACCUCCCCCUCUUCUGACGGGCCCUGCUGGUGAUUGGAGUCCAGGAAUGCACGACGAACUGUGAGCGCGACAUUAAUAAUGAUUGAUUUAUUCAAAAUAGAAAGCGUCUUUUAUGCUUAUGUUUGGUCUUUCUCUGUGCGUAGGUGUGAAGAAGAACCCAGAAUCCAGUUGACACCAGAGAUGGUGAGAGCCGUGUUCUUGUCCGGGGGAAGCUCUGGCGCUGACUUGACAGGAGGCGGGACUAUGAGGUAGCUCUUCUGGCAUGAUGAAUGAGCAAGAUUUAAAUUCCAAACAAGUGUUCAUAGAAUAUUUUACAUAUAUAUAUGACAACUUCAUGACAAAUAAUAUAAAUUUGAAGUAUCCACUUGAUAUUAUUUGGCUCUUUUCUUGGAGACGAGAUGAGUUGUACUGUUUGUUUUGGGUAUAUGGUGUCAGUAGGUCGUUGAUAUAAAGCGCUACAAAAUCUGACGCACUAAUAUUGUUGUCGUCAUUUUUCCCACAAUAACGCCACGUUGUCCUGUCACAGGCCCGGGACGAAGCUUCCGGUGGAUCCCCUCAGGUGGAGCUCUACAGAAUGUAGGUCUGAGUUUAAUCAGACGGGAAGAAGAGUGAUGGCCAGGCUGAAACAACUUUCUGUCACUGAUAGAAAUCCCUCACAACUGAGAGAGGAUGGUGGGGAAAAAGCCUCAAAUGUUGACUGAAGAAAAACUUGAAGAUUACCUGAAGAUUGAACUCUAAAGACUGCAGUAAAGAUGCCUCACCGCCUUAAUCGUAGGAAACAUUCAAUAAUUUAUUUCAGUUACAACAUUUCUUCAGCUCCUCCACCACAUAUGCAGUCAUGGCAUCUUCUUUGGACAAACCUGUUGUUGUAUAAAAUGAAAUAAAAAAAUCUGUUUGUGUUUUUA